UCCAGCUGUUUCAGGAGCUCCAGGUCGCUGGCAGAGUUGUUCCCAGGUCUGAAUUUAAAAUGGCCUCAUCUCCUGCUGUCCUUCGAGCGUCCCGGCUGUACCCAUGGAGCCUGAAGAGUUGGGCGCAGUUGCUAGGGUCUCCACCGAUGAAGCAGGUUGGCCGGAUCAUUAGGGUUCCUGCUCGGAUGGCAGCAACGCUGAUCCUGGAGCCCGCCGGCCGCUGCUACUGGGACGAGCCGGUGCGAAUCGCCGUGCGCGGCCUAGCUCCGGAGCAGCCGGUCACGCUGCGCGCGUCCCUGCGAGACGAGAAGGGCGCGCUUUUCCAGGCCCACGCGCGCUACCGCGCCGACCCCCACGGCGAGUUGGACCUGGAGCGCGCGCCCGCGCUGGGCGGCAGCUUCGCGGGGCUUGAGCCCAUGGGGCUGUUCUGGGCCUUGGAGCCCGAGAAACCCUUGCUGCGGCUGGUGAAGCGCGACGUGCGAACGCCCUUGGCCGUGGAGCUAGAGGUGCUGGAUGGCCACGACCCCGAGCCCGGGCGGCUGCUGUGCCGGGCGCGGCAGGAGCGGCACUUCCUCCAGCCGGGGGUGCGGCGCCAGCUGGUGCGCGCGGGCCGGGUGCGCGGGACUCUUUUCCUACCGCCAGAACCUGGGCCCUUUCCUGGGAUUGUGGACAUGUUCGGAACUGGAGGUGGCCUGCUGGAGUAUCGGGCUAGUCUGCUGGCUGGGAAGGGUUUUGCUGUGAUGGCUCUGGCUUUUUAUAACUAUGAAGACCUCCCCAAGACCAUGGACAUCCUCCAUCUGGAGUACUUUGAAGAAGCCGUGAACUACUUGCUCAGUCAUCCGGAGGUGAAAGGUCCAGGAGUUGGGCUGCUUGGAUUUUCCAAAGGGGGUGAGCUCUGCCUUUCCAUGGCCUCUUUCCUGAAGGGCAUCACGGCCGCUGUCAUCAUCAACGGCUCUGUGGCCAAUGUUGGGGGAACCUUACAUUACAAGGGUGAGACCCUGCCCCCUGUGGGCGUCAACAGAAAUCGCAUCAAGGUGACCAAAGAUGGCUAUGCAGACAUUGUGGAUAUCCUGAACAGCCCUUUGGAAGGACCUGACCAGAAGAGCUUCAUUCCUGUGGAAAGGGCAGAGAGCACCUUCCUGUUCCUGGUAGGUCAGGAUGACCACAACUGGAAGAGUGAGUUCUAUGCUAAUGAGGCCUGUAAACGCUUGCAGGCCCAUGGGAGGAGAAAGCCCCAGAUCAUCUGUUACGCAGGGGCGGGACACUAUAUUGAGCCUCCUUACUUCCCACUGUGCCGGGCUUCCCUGCAUGUCUUGGUGGGCAGUCCUGUUAUCUUCGGAGGGGAGCCCAGGGCUCAUGCCAUGGCUCAGGUUGAUGCUUGGAAACAACUCCAGACUUUCUUCCACAAACACUUGGGUGGCCAAGAGGGGACAAUCCCAGCAAAACUGUAAUUUUUAUUUGAUCAUGUGGCCUCUCUGUUGCUAAUCUCUCCUGGAAACAUCUGCCACAUUUAGUAUGUGUAUAUGUAUUCAUUGUUUCCUUUUUAAUAACUGCUUAAAGUUUCUCCCCCUCAUUAAAAUGAAUUUUUACCAGUAA